AAUAAAAAGAGAGAAACACAAGCAUAAAAAUGUUUCAGUUUCUGAAGAAACGCAAGGGACCUUCUUCUUUUUCUUCUUCUCCCAUGGCUUCCUCCCUCUCCUCCCUCUCCUCCCUCUUCUUCUCCCGCCUCCCCAACGCUAAUUCUAACCCUAACUGUAACCCCAAUUCUAAGCCUAAGUUUCAACUUCCGUUCACGGUCCUCGGUUGCUCCGCCAGCUCCGACCAGAAUCAGAAGCUGGCUGCAGUGUCGGAGAAGAAGUCGUUCGCGGUGGCCACUGGUGAGAUCUUCAUAGGGCUGGCGUCACGGCUGAUAAAGGCGAGGAGGAAUGUGGACGGGUCUGGGACGGUGCUGAUGUUCCGGGAGACGGAGGCUUCGGAGGUUGGUUCGGUUGUGGGGGGAAACGGCGUUGUGUGGGAGCAGAGAGUGGAGGAUGUGGAGGCGGAGAGGAGGAGGAACGUGGUGACGAGUCCGGGGUUUAGCUUCUCUGCUGCUGGGCUUUUGUUUCCGUACCAUCUCGGUGUGGCUAAGUUUCUCAUUGAGAAGGGUUACAUCAAGGAAACCACACCCUUAGCUGGUUCGUCAGCUGGUGCAAUAGUUUGUGCAGUCAUUGCUUCUGGAGCCAGCAUGGAAGAGGCCCUAAGAGCUACCAAAAUUUUGGCUGACAAUUGCCGGGAAAAGGGUACUGCGUUUCGUCUUGGGGCUGUUCUCAGAGAUGUCCUCGACAAAUUUUUGCCAGAUGAUGUUCAUAUAAGGUCCAAUGGGAGGGUUCGUGUUGCAGUAACCCAGAUUCUUUGGAGGCCAAGAGGUUUACUGGUGGAUCAAUUUGACUCCAAAGAGGAUCUCAUCAAUGCAGUGUUCACUUCUUCCUUCAUUCCAGGAUAUCUCGCACCAAGACCAGCAACACUGUUCCGGAAUCGACUUUGCAUUGAUGGGGGUUUGACAUUGUUUAUGCCCCCAACAUCCGCUUCUCAGACGGUUCGUGUCUGUGCUUUCCCCGCAGGUCGGUUGGGGUUGGAUGGGAUUGGGAUAAGUCCAGACUGCAAUCCUGAAAAUAGGGCUACCCCUCGAGAGCUUUUGAAUUGGGCACUUGAGCCUGCAGAGGAUUAUAUCCUAGACAGGUUAUUCGAGCUUGGAUAUCUAGAUGCAGCAGUAUGGGCUGAGGACAACCCAAUUGAGGAGUUGGUUCAAGAAGAUACAGUCCCUAAAAACUGAAAAUGUCUUUGCACAGUAGCUCGGCAAGAAGACCAUUGAUCCAGUUCAUGGUUGAAGAUGGAUGGCAUUAUGGGCUCUCAACCAUCUUGGAUCCCAUUAUUUUGCUUCGACAUGGCAGGUCAGAGCAACGCGUUUUCUUACAGGGCAAUAUGAUUGUUUUAAAAGAAUAGAAUGCACUUUGUAAUAUAUGUUGCAGUAUUCUGUACAGUUAUGUUUAAUUCUUGUAAGUUUUGUAAGAAUGGACAAGGAAUAACAAAUGAGAAAAGCAAGAAGUAAAAGAGAAGUUGGGGUUUUGAGAUGAAAUCACAAAUGCCA